AUAGAUAGCGCUAAAGAUGCUUAGAAUGCAUUGUUUACUGUGCCAAUUUUGAGUUUCUGUGUCUUUUAAAUUUAAUAUAAAAAAUGAAAGUGAAAAAGGUUGUAUUACAUACCGAAGAAACACAAGCAUCUUCUGAAUCAGAUUCAGAGUACAAUUCAUCAGAUGAAGAACUGCGAGAAGCUUAUGCAAAAGGUUUGUUAAAACCAGGUCUGAAUGUUGUAAUUGAGAAAAACAAAAAAGAACACAAAAAUUGUGUUAAUCUUAUGAAAAACAAGCUAAAGAAAUUUAAGCUGGAUUUGCCAUGGAUCGAAAGGUUAGAUAUGGUUAAUGCACUGGCACCUUUAGCACCAGAGUUGGCAUUACAAAUGCAGGACCAAGAAGUGAGACGCGCGAAACAGUUGCAGGGAAAUAAGAAGUUACCUCAGUACAAUCCGGCCGAUGAUCCUGUUCUGAACGACUUUCGCAGGGAAACAAUGUUUCACAGACAAGCACAGGGUGCUGUUAUGGAUGCAAUUGUGCGAUUGAAGAAACUUGGCGUUUCAACAAUUAGGCCUGACGAUUAUUUUGCUGAAAUGGCGAAAUCAGAUACCCAUAUGCAAAAAAUCAGAGAGAAUUUAAUGAAGCAGCAAACAAUAGCGCAAAGAUCAGAGAAAAUUAGACAGCUGAGGCAACAGAGGAAAGUAGGAAAGCAAAUGCAGAUAGAGGCAACUUUGAAAAAGCAUGCGGAGAAGCAAAAAUUACUAGAGGAAGUUAAAAAGUAUCGCAAGGGUGUGAGAAAAGACUUGGACUUUUUAGAUGACAAAAAGAAACCACACAGUCAGACUGUAGAUCAUAAAGUAGCAGCCAAGCGUAAAAUGAAGGAUGCUAAGUAUGGUUUUGGUGGAAAAAAACGUUAUAGCAAGAAGAAUACAAAGGCAAGUUCUGCAGAUGUUGCAGAAUACAGAAGACCUUUGAAGCCAGAGCAAAAUUUGAAAAAGAAAGGAAGAAAAUCUAACCAGAGAGUAGGGAAAAAUCGUAGAAUACAAAUGAAAGCAAAGAAGAGGAGACAACAGUGAUAAAUUUAACGAUGUAAACCUGUUUUAUACGAAAUAAUCAAUCCGACUCACUUAUUUGUAAAAUAAUAGACGUAUACGUAUAAUAAAUGAUCGGAGAUAUUCUUUGUUA